GUCAGCCAUCAUUCAAAACAAAGCUAAAAGUAAAAUGUAACGUGUCCGCAAUAUUUUUGUAAUAAAAUGUAAAGAAAGUCCAAAAAUAUAAACCAAAAAUGGCUUGCGUGGUAUGCCAACAUUGUCAGGGUCAGGUCUUGAAGGAGGAUGGAGUGGCUAUCAGGGAUGGAUACAGCUACCAUAAGAAGUGUCACAAAUGCUACGUCUGCAGCGAAACAAACCUCCACAACGCUGAAGUUUUCAAAGGUGUCAUAUUCUGUUCUGGAUGCUCCCAGCGCAUCUUCCAAGGCUGUUCCACUGCUAGAAAGACCAAGAACGGGAACAGAAGUUCCAGUGCUAGAACUAAGCCAAGAACGAAGAGGAGGGAACGAAGACACAGGGAGAGCAGAGUGAACAGUGCGAGGACUCGGCACACCAACGGAGUGCUGGAGCUUACUCGUCUAGCUGCAUCCAGCUCAAGCACCAACAGUGAAGACCAUAACCAACCUCGACUGAGUAACACUGGCGUGGCCCUAUCAACAGAACUAGCGCUACAGAUUGGCAGAGAAGUCUUUGAGGAUCAAUCAAAGGAUCUCAAAAAGGAUAGUAUUGAGAUGGGUAUGACCACGGAAGUCACGCAAGAAUUGCUAAUGCAGAUGAACUGUCCGGUCGUCACUGAGAGGAAGCAUGGAUCGAAACCAGGGUCACCGAAGCCUCGUCCGAAAGACAAAGGAGACAGUAGAUUCGUAAGUGAUUUGGAACGUUUUAAUGAGGGCUAUCGUUUUAGCGCUCACCAGUUAGCGCCACUGUAGAGUAAGGUCCUGUCACUUGCUAGUAGCGAAGACAGUGGCACCAACUGGUGAGCGCGAAAGUGGUAGGAAGACUAUCGCAUUUGCACUCAUCAAGAUGGCGC